AUGUGGAUACUCGAGCAACUGGCGCGUCUUUUGGACCGCCCACUCUUUCCAUGGAAGACCGUCCUAGUCGGGUUCUCGCUGGGCCAGUACCUGUUGGAAGGGUUUCUGUCCUUCCGACAGUACAAGGUCCUGCAGCGGACAAAGCCGCCCAAGGUUCUUGAGAAUGAAGUUUCGCAAAAAGUCUACGAUGAGUCUCAGGCAUACGGUCGCGCCAAAGCCAAGUUCGGUUUCGUCGCUGGUCUCUACGGUCAAGUUCAGAAUCUCGCGUUCAUCUACGGUGACGUGCUCCCCAAGCUCUGGAGUGUCGCUGGUGUCGCGCUCGCUCGGUAUCUCCCUGCUCGGUUCCAAGGUGAAAUCUGCCAGACACUGGUGUUUCUCUUCGGUUUCAAUAUUCUCAGUACGGUUUUGUCGCUUCCGGUCUCGUAUUACAGCACGUUCGUUCUCGAGGAGAAGUUCGGGUUCAACAAGCAGACGUUGAAGCUGUGGGUUACGGAUAUGCUCAAGGGCCAGAUGCUCGGGGUUGUCUUGGGUACUCCUAUUAUCAGUGGGAUGCUUAAGAUUAUUCAGUUUGCUGGUGACUCGUUCUUCUACUAUCUGUGGCUGUUUGGUAUGUUCGUUCAGGUCUUCGCCAUCACGAUCUAUCCGAUUGCUAUCCUGCCGCUGUUCAACAAGCUGUCGCCCUUGCAGCCUGGUGAGCUGAAGACGGGUGUUGAGAACCUUGCCCGGAAGUUGGAGUUCCCGCUUCAGGAAUUGUAUGUCAUCGACGGUAGCAAGCGGAGUGCGCACAGCAAUGCGUACUUUUUCGGUCUGCCCUGGAAAAAGCACAUUGUUAUCUACGACACGUUGAUUGAGAAGAGUGAGCCGGAUGAGGUCGUUGCUGUUUUGGGUCACGAACUUGGUCACUGGAGUUUGAGCCACACUACCAAGCUUUUUGGUAUUGCUCAGUCUCACAUGUUCUACAUAUUCGCGCUCUUCUCAGUCUUUAUCAACAACAAGUCCUUGUACCAGUCUUUCGGCUUCUUCAACGAACAGCCCAUCAUGAUCGGAUUCUUGCUGUUCUCUGAUGCUCUGGCACCAAUGGACGCCGUGAUCAAGCUGUUGAUGAACAUUCUCAGCCGCAGAUUUGAAUUCCAAGCUGAUGAAUUCGCCCAAAACCUCGGCUAUUCCGAGCAACUCGCCAAGUCCCUGCUCAAGUUGCAGAUCCAGAACUUGAGCACCAUGGACGCGGACUGGAUGUACGCUAGCUACCACUACUCCCACCCUAUCCUUUCCGAGCGUCUCCAGGCGCUUGGCUGGACGGGUGGAAAGGUCACGGACCUCAAGUCGGAGGAUAGUGAGGAGCCUGUUAAGGCUGGUGACCGGGAGCUGUAA